CUUUUAUCCCCUUCGUCAAUCCGAAUAAAACGACGCCGUGUAGGUGUACACCCGCGAAACCCACUAAACUCUCUCACCAGAGCGUUAUUCGUUCUCUCCCUCUCCACCCUCCGCCUCUCGUGCUUCCUCCACAGCUUGUUCACCGUGAAGAUGUCGUUGACGGAGCUAGACGACGGACUUGUACGCAGCAUGGCCAUCGGAGCAGUCUUCUCCGACUUCGGAGGGAAGAUACGUUCGGUGGGGUUCCACAGGACUGAUGAUCUGCUGGUGACGUCGAGCGAGGACGAUUCGCUUCGUCUCUUCGAUAUCGCCAACGCUAAACAGGUGAAGGUAACAUAUCAUAAGAAACAUGGGACUGAUCGUGUAUGCUUUACACAUCAUCCCAGCUCUCUUAUUUGCUCUUCUCUAUACAAUCUUGAGUCCACUGGAGAAUCUCUGAGAUAUCUCUCAAUGUAUGAUAAUCGGAUCCUUCGCUACUUUAAAGGCCACAAAGACAGGGUUGUUUCGCUUUGUAUGUCGCCUAUUAAUGAUAGCUUCAUGUCUGGUUCUUUAGACAGAAGUGUCAGACUCUGGGAUCUUCGUGUUAAUGCCUGCCAGGGAAUUCUACACCUACGUGGGAGACCUGCGGUAGCUUACGACCAACAAGGCCUGGUGUUUGCAAUUGCAAUGGAAGGAGGUGCUGUUAAGUUAUUUGAUUCCAGAUGUUAUGACAAGGGUCCCUUUGACACAUUUCUGGUGGGUGGUGAUACUGCUGAGGUUAACGAUAUUAAAUUCAGCAACGAUGGAAAAUCUAUGCUUCUUACUACCACAAAUAACAAUAUCUACGUUCUUGACGCAUAUCAUGGAGAGAAGAAAUGUGGUUUUAGUUUGGAGCCUUCACAGGGUACAUCCCUAGAAGCCACCUUCACGCCAGAUGGCAAGUAUGUUCUGUCAGGUUCAGGAGAUGGAACCUUACAUGCGUGGAACAUCGAGAACCCAUCUGAGGUGGCGAGGUGGGAGAACAACAUAGGAGUAGCGUCGUGUCUGAAAUGGGCACCGCGUAGAGCAAUGUUCGUUGCUGCCUCUACGGUUCUCACUUUCUGGAUCCCCAACGACGGCGAGGCACCAGCCCCCGCUGAUCCUUCUGCCGACCAACAACGUCCUCAGUGACGACUUCAUUGUUUGUUUCCAUUUGCAUUAGUGUAUUGCGGUUUUAAUUUUUGACAAUAACAUAUCGGAAGUAUUAGUAUUUUUAAUCACAAAGUACACUCUUGAAAUUUUGUAAACCACAAAAUAUAAUUUUUUUAAAAUUACUAA